AUGGCGAAGGAAUUGGUGGCUGUGGCAAUGGUGGGAAAUGAAAUGGUGACAAUGGCCGGAGAGGUGGCAGUGGCGGGAGAGGCGGCAACGGAGGGCGAGGGGAAUAGAAAUAGGGUGGCACCGUCGUUGAUUCCGGAUUUAUCAAGCCUUUCUUGGAGCCAGAUUCUACGAGACCUCUCCGGGAUGACCAAUUUUGGACCUGAAAUGAAGUGGCUGAUCCUAGAGAAGCCUUGGUUGAAGCAUGGGGCGCAGUGGACAGUGCCCACAACCUGUGCAGAAGGGAGGCUCUCCCUGCGGGCAGCCCCGAGCAUUCCCUUCUUGGGUCCUAUAUACAGAGCUCCUGAUGACCUUGUGACAGAUUUAAAGACAACGAAGAGAGGGUUUUUGCCUGAUUGGCUCUUUGUUGCUGUCUGGAUAGUAGAAACAGGAGGGGCACUAAGGGGCAGAGGAGGUGGUGGGAAUGUAGCCGUUGGAGGGAUAGGAGGAGAAGGGAAGGAUGGCGGAGUCGCGGCCGGCGGCUGCGGCGGGAGAGGUGGCGAUGGGGGGACAGGGAAAGGGAACAAAGAUGGCUGUGGAGUACGUCCCGGUAGUGGUGGCAAAGGGAAUGGUGGUGGCGGAGUAAAUCCCAAUGUUGGUGGGAAAGGAAUUGGUGGCAGUGGCGGGAGAGGCGGCAGGGACGGGAGUGGCGGUAAUGGAGGUACAAGGAAAGGGAAUGAGGGCAGCGGUGGCGGUGGCGGCAUCAUUAACCCCGGGACCGGUGGUGAAGUAGUAGAGGGCGGCGGCAGGGCCAUUGCUGACUCUGAAAUUGACGACCAAGGAGUGACGGUGGUGGAUAUACGAAUGUUAUUGGAGGGUAAAGAUCUGGAUGGGAUGUAA